GGAGAUGCCUGGAAGGCUCGAGCCAGUAACGGACAGGCGCCAAAGCAGACAAGCGAGAGAGGGCGUAGAGGAUUCUCACGUAACGAGGGGAGUGUAGCUCUCAAAAUGGCAUACAAGGAUAGGAAUUGUUUCUGAUGCCCCGGUGUUUCCUCAGCUCUCGCUAUGGUGUGAAAAUACAGAGAAAAGAGAAGUUCUACCAAGAACUGUGAAGGAUGCAAGAUUUCCAACUUUCUGGCAGGCUAAGAAGCUGUCUUAUUUUAACAAAGAAAUCCUGAAGGUUUUAAAAUACUGUCAAAAAUCAUGCCAGAAAACGAGAAAGAUCCAGCUCAACCUACUACCAAUGAGGAUGCACUUGAUACAGGUAAAACAUGUCUUCAAAUAAAGGAGCUCAAAGACAAAGCGAGGGCAUUAAUGCUUGCAGAAAAUGCCAGAAUGCAAGGUUUGUCAGAAUUCUUCUUCUCCAGACAUGAGGAUAAAAGGCUUUAUGAAAGUAAAUCAACAAAUACAGAAGACGUGAAUAAAGGCAUCUACUUCAGCUACCCAACUCGGCGACAUAGUUGUGCUUUGGUGAAUAUCCCUAAACCAUGUGUAAGCAAAAUGAUUGCCCACAUCGAAGAUGUGGAAUCUAAAAUCCAGGAACAUUUGACACAAUUUGAAGCUUCUUUUGAAGAAUGGACUUCUGCCACCAAAGAUAAAGAGGGAGGUUUGGGUGUCGAUGCUCCAAAGAAAGAAGCCCACCCAGAAAAAGGAAAGGAUGAGAAGUGUCCCGAGUUGAAGAAGAGGAUGGAGACAUUGCUAUCAGAGGCCAUCUACCUCAUUAAAAGUCUGGAAACUGACAGAGCAGAAGCAGAACAAGCUUUAAAACAACACAAAUCACGAAAGAAAAGGAUUAGCAUGAAAAUUGAUUCUUGGUCCAUUUGGAAGCUCCAAGAACUCCCAUUAGCUGUGCAGAAAGAACACGAGAACUUCUCAAAAACUAUUGCAGAACUGCAUAGCCAACUUAAAGACAUUGCCCUUAAGGUGGAGCAUCUGCAGGAGCAGAAGGAGAGGCUGGAAAAAGCCAAUGCGAAGCUCCAGGUGGACAUAGACUACAUGGUUUCUCAUAGCGUUCUGCUGGAGAAAAAGCGCAAGCAGGAGCUAGGAAGUCUGAGAAAGCGUUACCAUAAAAAGUUUGAGGUAAUGGAAAAAUUUAGAGCAGUUCAUGAAGAGCUUAAAGAGUCGGUGGAUGAGUGUGAAGAUGCAAAAUUAAGGCUUAAGCAUUUGAAAGUAGAGAAUGAAAAAGAAAUUCGAGAAGAGUUAAUAAAUGCAACGUCCUACGAGAAAGAACUAGAUAAACUUAGCACUCUGGAUGCCCACUAUACAACCUCAAUUGAGUCAGUUAACAUGGACCUUGAAGGCGAUGAAGAAGCCAUGAGUGAGGUGCUGAGAGAAACACAGAGCACAACAAACGAACUGGAGAAUUUAAGGAAAGCAGUAGAUGAUUCGAAAAAACUGUUUGAUCAAUAUUGCUGGAGACAAAGAAAAUAUGAAAAGGAGUACCUGGAAGCACUUACUAAUUUUUAUUCUUCAAAAAAAACAUGGGAUAUUGAGCUUUCUAAUGUUUCAAAAGAUGCCAAAGAUCUUACAACAGUAUAUGGGGCACAGUCAGAAGAAAACAAAAGGAUUCAAUCUGAAAUUGAAAACGUAACGAGUAACAUUGGAGAAAGUAUAAAGAAAAGAGCAGAGAUGGAAGAAGAAGUCAACUCAUUUUUGGAAAUGAAGAUAAAGAAUAACAACUACCUAAAACAGCUCUACAAACAGGCUUACCAAAUUGGGGCUAUCUACCACAUCUCUAGACACAAAACGGAAGAGUUGGAGGAUAAACUAGCAGAUCUGAGAAGAAAAUUCAAGGGUAGAGAAGAAUUCCUGAAGAAGCUCACAAGAUGUGACAUAGCUGCAGGGGUUGAGAUUCAGAGAAGGCUGUAUUCCAUUGAAGAAUCUCAGUUUAUUGAGAUGCAGGAGUUUCUACGAAGACAAGCACUCUAUAAUAUGGCUUUGUUAGAAGUAGAGGAGCCAUUGAAACGGUUAGAAGCCGAAGCUGUGAGAAUCAGGUACCUUCACAGACAGCACUCUAAGAUGCUGCAUGACAUACGGAAGAGGAAAGAAAGGGUUAAAAAAAAUGUAGAUGCAACAAAAAAAAAAUUACAAAAAAAGAGCAAGAAAAGCCGCAAGGAACUCACAAGAACCGAGGGAAGAAGGUCAAUAAUUCAUGAAGAAAUAGAGGUAGCUAAAGGCCAAACAGUUGUUCUCAAUGAGAAAUGCAUGGAGCUGAGUAAGGAAAUAAGGAUAAUGAACCUGGAAAGGACAAAUUAUGAAGAAAAACUUGUGAAGUUGCAGGAAGAGUUCUUCAAGCUGCAGUUUGACAGGGAGCACGUGCAUGGUGUAUAUGACCAUCUCGCGAAAGAGAAGCAGUACUGUGAAGAGAGGAUCUUUGAUGAGGAGAGGAGGUUCCGAAGGCUUA